AUGGCGACUGUGAAGGUGCCAUUAUUCUAUUAUUUCGCUGCUUCUCGACUAGCUGGGUCAAGCCGUGUUUUAACUUGUCAAACGAUUAAAAGUACAAGAACUUUAACACACAGAAAUCUUACAACAGUAUCUGGCAAGACUUUGGAAGGCAAAUUAGCCAUUGUUUAUACAUGUAAAGUCUGUGAUGUAAGGUCGUCGAAAGUUUUCAGCAAAUUGGCAUAUAAUAAAGGAGUUGUUAUAGUGAAAUGCCCAAGCUGCUCUAGUCAUCAUCUAAUUGCAGAUAAUCUGGGAUGGUUCGGUGAUCAAAACAGGUAUACAUUAUAUGAGGGUUCUGAAAAGUGCUUCUUAAUGUUUUAGUCUAUGCCUGAUUGGAAAGUUUGGAAAUUGCGCGACGGAGAUGUCGAAAAUGUAAUAGUAAAUAUAUAGAAAGCAUAAAAAUUGCACAGCUGAUAUCUCCACCGUGCGAUACAAACUAUCCACACUGGAAUCUACAGUAUGACAUAAAAUAUACCAAAUCUGUGGCUUUCAGAAUGAGAUUAUAAUAAAACAUGUCUAAAAUGCAUGAAGUAGCGUUUCACAACUAGGCGGUUGUGAUAUAUCGAUAUUUUCGAUAAAUAUCGAUAUUUCAAACGAUAUUCAAUUUUUCGCAUAUCGAAAAUAUCGAAAGUUGUAACUAAACAACUUAAUCUCCGAUUAUUCGGCAGUUAUUGUUUUCAUCGGUGAAGUUUAGACAACGUGUGUAUGGCGGCAAUUGCGAAUUUAUGUGCGUGGGCAAUUGAAAUUAAAAGCUGAGUUGGAGAUGACAGAUAAACCGUUGUUAAUAAAUCUUUGAGACAUACCAUGACUGGUUUCAUGCACUUCUUUUUAACUGUUUGUGAUGCAUAUACAUGCAAGUUGACUAAAUUACGUUUUCUCAUUUGCAUAAUUCGAUAUAGUCGAUAUUAUUGUGUUUUUUUUCGAUAUUGAUAUAUCAAUUUUUUCAUUAUUGCAACUGCCUAUUCACAACCCGAAUAUAAAUAGAAAAAGGGACCAUGCCCCUGAAUGGACAAUUAGACCUUAGCUGUAAAUACCAGUAAAAUUAGGGUCUAAAACAUUUUUUCAUACCAUUACUUGUAUUAAAAACCUUCCAAAUAUUUUUUUAAUUACACCUUUUGGGGCCCCUUUAACUGGAGGCCUGGGGUAAUUCCCCCCUCAGGGAGUCCCUGGGGCUGGCUAUGUCCCUGAUCCUGGCUGUAAUAUUUGAUUUGCAAAAUUAUUUAUUACUCAAGUGCCCCAGCAGUAUCAAAUGACAUGCCCUGGGCCAGUGAUACAGUAGUCCGAAAACAACCAAGAGCCAAUUUAUAUAGCACUAGAAUGGGUACAUUCCUGUUCAUGCUAGCUCUGCUCAUCUUGAGUCAAAUGACCAGGGGUCGGUUAUUCAAAGGUGGGUUAGCACUUAAACCCUAAAAUUUAACCCACUGUUUUGGUUUGUGUAAUUUCUGCACUGUAUCUGUUUAUUUCAAAACUUCAGAGAAGUAAACUUCCUAUCGAUCCAGACAAGAAAUACUUCCAAAUUUAUAAAUGAGCUAGCUGUCGGAAAGUUUGCUUUGAAUUUUAGGUUAACCUAGGCCGGGGGGUUUCUGACAACCGGCCCCUGAGGGAUAAAUCGGAUGGAUCUGGAUUUCACUUAUACCUGUACAUCAAGGCCAAUUAUUAUAUGGGACAAUCUUUUCAGGCAGAUAUAGUUGACAGUCAGUAAACAGCUAAAAAUAUUUCCAUUGCGACAGUAUUGCAAACAAUAUUGUAUUGUGUAAUGCCCCUAAUUUACAGCUGCAUGGUAUCAAAGUGAAAAAUUACACUCUAAGUUGCAAAGAAAGUUAAACUGGCUGUUCUGUUCAUAUUGGUAUGCCACCAAUCAUGAAAUUGCAUUGUAGGUUACAAAACGUUUUGAACUCAUUGGAUAUCUAUAACUUACUGCAACCUGUAAAUUGCAAAGGCAAUCACCUGGUGUAACACAAUUGACCUAAAGAAUCUUGUGGUUUAUGUUUAGAAAUAUUGAAGAUAUAUUAAGAGAAAAUAAAGAUGCAGUAAAAAGAGAACUGGAUGAUGCAAGUGUGGAAAUUUUAACAAGAAAUUUGCUUGAAGAACAUCAAGACAAAAACGAACAAGAAACAUCAGCAAAACUUGCUCCUGAAUGA